ACAAUGGAAGAACACAAGGACAAUCAGCUAGACUAUGAGUCAGACAAAGUGGAAAUCUUAAGACUGGUCCAGUCAAAGAGGAACAUUAACAGUUUGAACAUGGACCUUGAAAGGGAUAUGCAGAGAAUAGAUGAAGCAAAUCAGGAACUUCUUCUCAAAAUCCAAGAGAAAGAAAAUGAGAUUCAGAGGAUGGAAGGUGAGAUUGCUCACACCAGAGACUUGGCUGAAGAUGAAGAAUGGGAAAAGGAGAACCACACCAUGACAGAGAGGGAAAAAGCCUUGCAGGAGCUGGAAGAAGAGACAGCCAGACUUGAUAGGAAGAAUGAGACUCUGGUCCACAGUAUAGAAGAACUUCAAAGAAAGCUUACAAGGAAAUCACAUAAGGCAACCAAGUGUGAACAAGAAGAUCUAAAAGGAACCCCAGAAGAGUCAAAGGCUAAGUUAAAACAGCUGGAAGCUUCCUGUGCAGACCAAGAGCAAAAGCUGACCAAGGUAAUGGAAGACUAUACAUUUGUGGCACAGCUCUGUGAAGAUCAGGCCCUCUGCAUAAAGAAGUACCAGGAAACUCUGAGGAAAAUGGAAGAAGAACUAGAGACUCGGUUCCUUGAGAGAGAAGUAUCAAAAGUCUUGAGCAUGAAUUCUGCAAGAAAAAAGUGUAGCAGCCAAAAUAAUAAGGAUGAUUCUCUCCAAAACAAGGGAACUUGGUUCUGUAAAAGGUUUUUUCAAUAUGUCUUUUCCACCACCCUAUUUUUCAUCAGACUGCUGGGCUACUUGUUUUUCCACAUAUGUUUUAUAAAUCCAGAUCUCCUUAUCAACACACUGCCCAAGAUAUUGAGCAGGGGCAUCCUGUGGAAGCUAAAAUGCUUCCUCUUUCCAUCUCUCACACUUGAGACAGAGGACAUGUUACCCCACUGA